AUUCUGUAUUUGACGAUAUGCAUUUGGAAUCAAAUCCUUACUUGAGAUACAGGAUUUAAAUGACAGUUGUAUCUCCAUUAAUAGGAGAUUUCAGUUCUUCAUGUAUCUUGUUUGUUUCCAUCUUGGUCAGUGUGUAUUAGGAGUUAGUGAGGCUGUAGAUGUAGAGAAGGUAUUGUGUGAACUAGUCCUCAGUCAGUGUGUAUUAGGAGUUAGUGAGGCUGUAGAUGUAGUGAAGGUAUUGUGUGAACUAGUCCUCAGUCAGUGUGUAUUAGGAGUUAGUGAGGCUGUAGAUGUAGAGAAGGUAUUGUGUGAACUAGUCCUCAGUCAGUGUGUAUUAGGAGUUAGUGAGGCUGUAGAUGUAGUGAAGGUAUUGUGUGAACUAGUCCUCAGUCAGUGUGUAUUAGGAGUUAGUGAGGCUGUAGAUGUAGAGAAGGUAUUGUGUGAACUAGUCCUCAGUCAGUGUGUAUUAGGAGUUAGUGAGGCUGUAGAUGUAGAGAAGGUAUUGUGUGAACUAGUCCUCAGUCAGUGUGUAUUAGGAGUUAGUGAGGCUGUAGAUGUAGAGAAGGUAUUGUGUGAACUAGUCCUCAGUCAGUGUGUAUUAGGAGUUAGUGAGGCUGUAGAUGUAGAGAAGGUAUUGUGUGAACUAGUCCUCAGUCAGUGUGUAUUAGGAGUUAGUGAGGCUGUAGAUGUAGAGAAGGUAUUGUGUGAACUAGUCCUCAGUCAGUGUGUAUUAGGUGUUAGUGAGGCUGUAGAUGUAGAGAAGGUAUUGUGUGAACUAGUCCUCAGUCAGUGUGUAUUAGGAGUUAGUGAGGCUGUAGAUGUAGAGAAGGUAUUGUGUGAACUAGUCCUCAGUCAGUGUGUAUUAGGAGUUAGUGAGGCUGUAGAUGUAGAGAAGGUAUUGUGUGAACUAGUCCUCAGUCAGUGUGUAUUAGGAGUUAGUGAGGCUGUAGAUGUAGUGAAGGUAUUGUGUGAACUAGUCCUCAGUCAGUGUGUAUUAGGAGUUAGUGAGGCUGUAGAUGUAGAGAAGGUAUUGUGUGAACUAGUCCUCAGUCAGUGUGUAUUAGGAGUUAGUGAGGCUGUAGAUGUAGAGAAGGUAUUGUGUGAACUAGUCCUCAGUCAGUGUGUAUUAGGAGUUAGUGAGGCUGUAGAUGUAGAGAAGGAAUUGUGUGAACUAGUCCUCAGUCAGUGUGUAUUAGGAGUUAGUGAGGCUGUAGAUGUAGUGAAGGUAUUGUGUGAACUAGUCCACAGUCAGUGUGUAUUAGGAGUUAGUGAGGCUGUAGAUGUAGAGAAGGUAUUGUGUGAACUAGUCCUCAGUCAGUGUGUAUUAGGAGUUAGUGAGGCUGUAGAUGUAGAGAAGGUAUUGUGUGACCUAGUCCUCAGUCAGUGUGUAUUAGGAGUUAGUGAGGCUGUAGAUGUAGAGAAGGUAUUGUGUGAACUAGUCCUCAGUCAAUGUGUAUUAGGAGUUAGUGAGGCUGUAGAUGUAGAGAAGGUAUUGUGUGAACUAGUCCUCAGUCAGUGUGUAUUAGGAGUUAGUGAGGCUGUAGAUGUAGAGAAGGUAUUGUGUGAACUAGUCCUCAGUCAGUGUGUAUUAGGAGUUAGUGAGGCUGUAGAUGUAGAGAAGGUAUUGUGUGAACUAGUCCUCAGUCAGUGUGUAUUAGGAGUUAGUGAGGCUGUAGAUGUAGAGAAGGUAUUGUGUGAACUAGUCCUCAGUCAGUGUGUAUUAGGAGUUAGUGAGGCUGUAGAUGUAGUGAAGGUAUUGUGUGAACUAGUCCUCAGUCAGUGUGUAUUAGGAGUUAGUGAGGCUGUAGAUGUAGAGAAGGUAUUGUGUGAACUAGUCCUCAGUCAGUGUGUAUUAGGAGUUAGUGAGGCUGUAGAUGUAGAGAAGGUAUUGUGAAGGCGGUAUUGUGUGAACUAGUUCUCAGUCAGUGUGUAAUGGUAUGAUAGAGAUGUACAAGUUAGGUGUUUG